AUGCAACAAAUUCAUCCUUCGCCCUUGACCCACUCACUCCACUUGGAAGUGCCUUUCGAGACGUCCGUCCACGCAGAAACGGCUGUGAAAGCACUUAGUCCCGAUCCAAUCUUGAAACCCCAAGAUUUCCACGUUCGCUACUCCACGAAGGGAUCCCUGCUGUGCAUUGACUUCGAGAGUGUGGACGACCGCGUACUGCGUGUUGGCGUCAGCAGCGUGAUUGAGAGCAUCAAAACGGUGGUUGAGACGAUUGACGAGUUCAGCUAG